AAACGAUAAAAUUGAUGUACAUAUACUGCUUUUAGCGACAUACCGCGGCUCAUUCGUAACUGCCAAUGACUCAUGAAUUGUACAAUGUGGACAAACAUGUGUUUAGUCAAUACAUGCAGAAUGAUAGAGUCCAGAGGUAUGGCUCUGUCCAUUCGACAAUUGUCAACGAUGGCGAAUAAAACUCAUGAGAUUGAGGAACGAAAAAUCAAAGUAGACGGCACGGAAAUAAAUUAUGCCAGAGUCGGCAGAGGUAAUCAUCCGAUAUUAUUAUUACCUGGCGCACUAGGAACGAUAUGGACUGAUUUUAAGCCGCAAAUCGAAAAUCUAAACGCGGACAAGCUGACCAUAGUGGCGUGGGAUCCACCCGGUUAUGGAAAGUCGCGACCACCCGAUAGGACUUUCCCGGAUAAUUUUUUUCAGCGUGAUGCUUCAUGGGCUCACAAUCUGAUGCAGACUCUGGGUUAUUCGAAAUUUUCUUUGAUCGGUUGGAGCGAUGGAGGAAUCACAUCGCUUCUGCUUGCCUCAACAUAUCCCGAGAGUAUUUCUAAGAUAAUAGUUUUUGGUGCGAACGCUUAUAUACAUCCGGACGAGAUAAAAAUAUAUGAAAGCAUCAGAGACAUCAACAAGUGGUCGGAAAGAAUGAGGACACCUAUGAUACAAGUUUAUGGUGAAGAUUAUUUCAGAAAGACUUGGUCGGAUUGGAUAGAUGCUAUGUUACGAUUGUAUAAAAAGCAAAAUGGUAACUUGUGCAAAGAAAUUUUAUCGAAAAUAAAGUGUCCGACAUUGAUUAUUCACGGAGCUAAAGAUGCAAUGGUCUUACCAGAACAUCCGACGUAUCUAAAGCAAAAUAUCGCCAAUUCAAACGUGCAUAUUUUAGAAAAGGGCGGACAUAAUCUUCAUUUAAGAUAUUUUGAAGAAUUCAAUAAUUUGGUGACGGAUUUCUUGCUGGAACAAUCGAAAAUAUAAUAAAUUUGUUGUAAUAUUAGUAAUAUAUUUUUAUGUAUUAUAUAUAUAUAGUGAUAGAGAUUUAUACAUUUUAUAUAACCUUUAUGAGAAACAGAGCAGUUUAUUAUUUUA